UCCAACCAUUGACUUUUCACGCUGAUUAAAUUAAAAAUAUGUGUUUACACUAUGGAGAUGAUGCUAAACAACUCCAACCAUUGACUUUUCACACUUAUUAAAGCACAAACCCUAACACACCCUCUCACCCAAUUCUCUAUUGUUCCCUAUGGCUUCUCUAUAUUCCUUCAUAUGCUACCACCACCUCUUGCUCUUUCUCCUCGCCGCCGCCAUCGCGGCGGCGCUUACUACGCGUGCCGUCGCCGAUGACAUGACCCACCUGCAUUUCUACAUGCACGACAUCCUCGGCGGGUCGAACCCGACAGCCGUCGAGAUUGUCAAGGGCCCCAUCGCGCUGCCUUCCGUCCCCGGCAUAAACUUCGGUAACCUCAUCGUGAUCGAUGACGCCUUGACGGAGGGCCCCGAGCUCUCGUCGAGGCCCAUCGGCCGGGCCCAAGGGUUCUACAUGUCAACCGCAUUUCAGGAGGCGUCGGUGCUCCUGUCGGUCAACUUCGUGCUAGCCGCGGACGGGCCGUAUAACGGUAGCGUGGUGUCUGUUCAGGGGCGCGACCCGAUCGCGGCGCCUGUCAGGGAGCUGUCGGUUGUCGGCGGCACCGGGCAGUUCCGAAUGGCUCGUGGGUACGUGCUCUGGAAGACGCACGGCGUCAACGACACCAACGAUGAAGCAAUCCUGGAGCUCGACGUCUACCUUACGGCACAAGUUCCUUAGUAAAAAAAUAGGACUGGCGGCAAAUCACUGAAUGAUUCAUGAUUAAUGCGGUUGAUCAACUCUGGAAGACGUGCGCCGUCAACGACAGCGGGUGUCUCCACCGGUGAGCAAUCUCCGAAAUCAACGUCAACAUCACUACAAAGUCAAUUUAUCGUCCCGUAAAUCUUUAUUACCGUUUGCGCUUUUUUGUUUUACUUUUUAGGUAGGAGUGAGAUUGAUGGCAGAUCAUUAAAUGAUUCAUGAUUGAUGUGAUUUAUCAGCUCUAGACGAUGUAUCUGUCGAUGACACCGUCGAAGAUGUAAUCCUAAAGCUCGACAUCUAAAUCAGGCGAAGUAAAUUUAUUAUGUUGUCUAUCCAUCUCAUCUUUAUUUUCAAAUAUUAUUUUUUAUUUAUUUUA